AUGGGGAGCUACAGCUUGAGACAUGUUUUCUUUUUUCUUGUACUUGCAACAGGACACAGUGAGAUCUCGCAUUCAGAAGUUAUGCUGAAAAUGGAUGAAGCAUUACUAACAGUCCAAAGUCAGAUGUCUUAUGGGCUGUAUGUUGUUUACACAUCAGAUUAUUGCUACAAGUGUCUGUAUCAGCCUCUGGCCAGCAUGGAGGGAGGACCAGGACAUGUGUCUGUAGUCGUGAGCACACCUUUCACUCUCACUCUGAAAGUCUCGGCUCUGAAUGGCAGCAGCGUUUUGUGUGGCUUGAGCUACUUAUUUGAAGAGGCAGGGCAUUACUCUCUUUGGGUAAAGCCUGGAGAGGCAGACCUUGCGUGUAAUGUGACCUGUUUUAUCUCAGUGGAUAAGUUUCCAAAUAGCACCUACCUUCCUCUGCUGGCACUUGCCCUGGUUUUGGGCCUGUUGACUUUUCUGUGGGCCUCUGUGCCUUUCCUCUCCAGAUGCAGCUGCACAUCAAAACUCAUUAAUCUUAUUUGUUGCCAUGGGUCUCAAUACACCAUAGAAAGGGAAGAAGAAAUAAUUGAAGACUGCAUGGACAGAGAUGAACGAAAAUCGUCUCGUCUUAAAUCGUUGGACACAUUCAGAGGUUUCUCCCUAACAGUCAUGGUAUUUGUGAACUACGGAGGUGGAGGAUACUGGUUCUUUCAGCAUGUACCUUGGAAUGGUCUUUCUGUUGCAGAUCUUGUGAUGCCCUGGUUUGUGUUCAUCAUUGGAACGUCUGUAAUGCUGGCAUUUAACGCCAUGCAAAGGAAAGGUGUGCCAAGGCUGCAGCUCUUGCGUAAGAUGACCUGGAGAACAGUGGUACUGAUGCUCAUUGGUUUCUGUUUCAUCAACUACAGCCCAAGAGACGGAUUAUUAUCCUGGUCCUGGUUGCGGAUACCUGGAGUACUUCAGCGUCUGGCUUUCACCUAUUUCGUCCUGUCCCUGAUGCAGACGAUCUCUCCCUACCAGGACAUUCCACCAAAGCAGAUCCACUGGUGGAGCCCUGUUCAGGAUGUGCUGCUCUACUGGCCAGAGUGGCUCUUCAUUCUGCUGCUGGAAGUAAUGUGGCUGUGUGUCACCUUCCUGUUGCCUGUACCCAACUGCCCAACUGGGUAUUUGGGAGCUGGAGGUAUAGGUGAUAAUGGUCUAUACCCCAACUGCACGGGAGGAGCUGCCGCAUAUGUAGAUAGAUGGCUAUUAGGAGACAACAUCUACUGGUAUCCAACAUGCAAGGCCAUGUAUCAUACAACACAGCCUUUUGACCCAGAAGGGAUUCUGGGUACCAUCAAUUCUGUUGUCAUGGGAUUCAUUGGAAUGCAAGCAGGAAAGAUUUUCCUCUUCUUCCGCAAAAGGAACUACAGUAUCAUGAUACGAUUCAUGGUCUGGGCCAUCAUCCUGGGAAUCUUGGCGGCCAUCCUUUCUAAGUGCACACGGGAUGAAGGAUUUAUACCUGUCAAUAAAAACCUUUGGUCCCUGUCCUACGUAGCCUGCAUGGGCUGCACGUCAUUUGUGUUGCUUGGUGUGAUGUACUUUGCUGUGGACAUCAAGGAGUGGUGGGGUGGCCAGCCUUUCAUUUAUCUUGGAAUGAAUUCCAUCUUAGUGUAUGUGGGGCAUUCUCUGCUCGGCUUCUACUUCCCCUUCAGCUGGGAGAUGCGUUAUCAGGACAGUCACUGGGAGAAGCUGAUCCAGAGUCUGUGGGGUACUGUGCUCUGGCUCUUCAUCGCCUAUCUGCUGUACCGCAAACGAUUCUUCCUCAAAAUCUAAGGUCCAGUCUGCCCUACGCAUGAUAGUGAUGAACGGAACAAAGGCAUCGUCCAGCAACUUAACGCAUCAUUUUCAUGAUUUGACAUUACUUACACAAUUAACAAAUUAAUCUUAUUAAUUCUGGAAAGAAAUGUUAUUAUUGUUGUUGUUGUUUGUUUAUUUGUAUGGAAUGGAUUCUUGGGUCGAAAGAUAGUUAGAUGACUCUGCUCCUGCCUGUUUUGUUUUUGUUUUUUUUUUCCACUCAAAAGAGUACUUAGUCAUUACAUUUAGUAUUAGCUUUAGUUAGGUCUAUAAAAAUUGAACAUGGAGAAUUCCAAGGCUCAAUUAGUAAAUAGGUAUCUAUGGUGAAACCAAACAAUCUGAUAUACAGUCUUCCACUGACACCUGGGAUGUUUUAUUUUAUGUCAUUUGUGUAAGGCCCUGAGAAAGUAGUGAUUAAAUCAAAUAGGUUAAAGUGGUACUUAACAAAUUAGAAUGAGUGAUUCUACCACUUCAGGGGUGGCCAUUAAAAAUCGGUUGCCAUAGCCACCACCACCCCUCCCCAAUCUAAGGCUGUGAGACACACAGUGGGUACCAUCUGCUCUUCAGCUGACAGUUCUUUAAUGGGGGUCAAGCUGGACUGCUCACCAAGGGGAGGCUCUAGUAAGGCCAAUACUUUUCAGUCACACGCUAAAACAGAAUCAGGGAAAUCACAGUGCCAGCUCAGGGGCUCUCUUACAAGUGGCCCUUCAUCAAACAAGCCAAAAGUCAAUGCAAGCAAACAAAUUUGGUUAACAUGACUCUGAUGAAAGUAAUGUGAACAAUGGAUGAGUAAGAGCAUCUCGCGGCUCUGUCCCAGCUGUAAGCGGCUGUUAGAGGAUGUCAGGAUGUGAAGAUUUUAUCUCAGAAGCAGCUUUAUAUUGAACACUCUCACUUAGGAAGAGUACUCUUAUUAAUAAUCCAUGUAGUGUCACAGACUCCAGCAAACAGACUAAAUCACUCAACAGGCAACAUACAUUCACUAUUUCAACAAAUACAUUCAUGUUUUAGCUUUAACUUUUUAGAAAGUUAAAGAGAAGUUAUCCCACUGUGAUUUAAGACUGUCCAAGCGUACAAUUCUAUAGUAAAAGGUUAUCCUAAAAGCUGGUAGUCCAUUUAAAGGUUGAAUUGCACUUAACUGUGCAUUAUGAAUUAAAUCAAAGACUUCUCCUUGUCAGUUCAUGAAUAAGCUUUUCAUUUUGAGGUGAUCAAAUUACUCUCUUUAUUUGAACUGCCUUAAAAAUGGAAGUAAAUUGGUCAACUGAUUUGGGAAAUGACCAUUGUUAUAUUCCAUCUCCCGGUGGGAAUGUCUUUCUCAUUAUUAAUGUGUGAUUAAAACUAUCACACCAAGAGCUGCUAAAAUUAUUGAGUGAUAUUUUAACAUUAGCCUAUAUAUGUACACUAUGCCUUAUACAUGAGUCUUCAAACACAGUUAAUUCAUAAAUAAAUGAUAAUUGAUCAUUCUGACAGUAGCAAUUGUUCAAAUGCAU